AUGUUCUCAUUGACAAUCGCUACAAUUGUUCUUCUCGCUUUAACCAGCGUUUCUUAUGCUGGCGAAUGCCGAAACAUUCCUACCAAAAAGGAUUUCGAUGUUACUAAAUAUGUCGGUUUGUGGUACGAAGCCUAUCGAAGCAAUGUUAUCUUCGAAAUUGGUUCUAAGUGUGUCAAUGCCACGUACACACCGAACUCUGAUGGAACUGUUGGUGUUUGGAAUCAAGCUAUCAAUUUUUUUGGUAAAUACACAAGUAUUAGAGGUUCAGCUAGAGUAAAAGACUCAAUGGAGCCUGCAGCACUUGAAGUCAUAUUUGAUAAUCCAAAUCAAAAAGGUGACUACAACGUUCUCGCUACAGACUACGAUACUUAUUCACUCGUCUAUGCUUGCAGAAACAUUCCUAUUAUUGGAAAAUGGGAAUUCAUUUGGUUUCUUUCACGAACGAAAACUUUAGAACCAUCGGUGGUUAACGAAUUGAAAGGUAUUCUAUCAAACUAUGGCGUCAAGACAAGUAGCCUGAAACCAACAUCACAAGACUGUUAG